CUAUGACAACAGGGAGAUGGUUUCAUGCAAGCUGAUAAGGCACAGGCGAAAUGUGUUUUUUUUCCCCCUGACCUGCGAACCCUAGACGUUUACAGACAGGCUUGUCUUAACAGAGUGGCAUGUCUCUGUUCAAGGCGCGUGAUUGGUGGGCCAGUGUGCUGGGUGAGGGGGAGGAGUUUGACCAGGGAUGCCUGUGUGUUGGAGACCUGGACAACAGCGGUAGCGGAUAUGAUAAGAUAGUGGUCGGCAGCUACAUGGGCAUGCUACGGGUUUUCUCCCCGCAGCCUGUCAAGCCUGGGGAGCCCAGCCCGGCCGACAGCCAGCUGUUGGAGGUGCAGCUCAGGGAUCCUGUCAUCCAGGUGGAAGUGGGCAAGUUUGUCUCGUGUUCAGACCUGCUUCACCUGGCCGUGCUGCAUCCCAGAAAGCUCUCUGUAUACUCUGUCUCUGGUACUGCUGGUAAUGUGGAACAUGGGGCUCAGUACCAGCUCAAGCUGAUCUAUGAACACAACCUCCAGAGAACAGCUUUUAACAUGACAUAUGGAACCUUCGGAGGAGUGACAGACCACCAGUCUCUGUGUAUCCAGUCGAUGGACGGCAUGUUGAUGUUCUUUGAGCAGGAGAGUUACUCGUUUGGCCGUUUCCUCCCUGGCUUCCUCCUGCCCGGUCCUCUGUGUUACUGCUGCCGUACAGACACAUUCCUCACUGUGUCCUCAGCUCGUCAGUUGGAGAGCUACAGGUAUGAGACUCUGGCGGUUGCCACGGAAGCAGAGACCAGACAGGAUGCUGACCAACUGAGCAAGUCUGCAGGGAAGAGACUGAUGGCUGACUGGACUCUGGUUCUGGGUGAGCAGGCCUUGGACCUCUGUGCCCCUUCCUUCUCUCCUACCUCAUCCUCAAUUUUUGUUUGUGGAGAGAGAAACCUCUACUGCCUCAAAGACAACGGGCAGAUCCGCUUCAUGAAGAAAUUGGAGUACAACCCCAGCUGCUUCCUCCCCUAUGCCUCAGUGUCCGAAGACACCACCAACAUCCUGCUGGGUAACCAUAACAAUAUGCUUCUGGUGUACCAGGACGUGACGUUGAAGUGGGCCGCCCAGCUCUCCUGUUCUCCUGUGGCCAUCAGGCUUGCCAACUUCCCGGAUCUGAGGGGUGUGGUGGUGACCCUGAGCUCAGAGGGCCACCUGCAGUGCUCCUACAUGGGCACCGACCCUUCCUUCUUCUCCACACCCAAGGUGGACUCCCGGGAACAGGACUACGCCCAGAUGGACACUGAGAUGAAGAGCCUGCAGAGAGUCAUCAGAGAAGCUACCCGUAGCCAGGCUGAUAUCCUUCCUCUAGCAGACGCAGAGGAAGACCUGACUGUCACAACCACAGUCUCCAAUAAAAUGGACACCAUUUCGAAAGCUGUCAUCUCAGACAUGGAAGGUUUUCCCGUUCCCUCCGUCACAGUGAAGAUCAAGGUGAAAAGUCGCUGCUCACUGCCGGGUCCUAAGCUGACUGUGUGUGUCCAGCCUCCCCUGGCUGUCAGCCAGGAGCAGUUUGUGUUGGAACCUUUGGGUGUUGGUUCUACCACGGUGGUGGCCUUCUCUGCCUUCUUGAAUGGACCCUACCCACCAGCUGACCUGACUGGAGACGUGGCUGUGUCCUACUGUACCUCUACAGACCUCAACCCUGCAGGUAUCCCCAGGGUGGCCCAGUGUCAGUUCUGCCUGCCCCUGCGUCUGGUAUGCCGCCCCUCCUCCCCCUCCAAGAACGCCAAAUACAAGAUCACCGUGGAUACCAACAACCCGCCUGUUAACCUCUGCGAGGUGUUCCCAGACUUCCUGGAGCAGUCUGAGGACAAAGAGGGAAACGCUCUGGGCUUCCACUUCCUGUCUGGGGCCCAUGUCACUGUACUAGCUUCCAAGACCUCCCAGCGCUACCGAAUCCAGAGUGAGAGUUUUGAGGACAUCUGGCUGGUGGUUAAGGAGCUGGUGCAGCGUUUUGACCAUCACUUUGCCAGGCUGGGAGUCAAGGACUUCCAAAACAGCUUUGCUGGUCCCAUCCCUCUGGCUGAAUACUUCGAGACUGUGGACCACCACUUUGAGCUGCGUGUGAAUGCAGAGAAGUACCAGGAUCUCCUGUCAGAGCGAGCGAUCCAGUUCAGAGCCAUCCAACGGCGUCUCCUGACUCGCUUCAAAGACAAAACCCCUGCUCCCCUACAAAAUCUAGACACCCUGAUGGAGGGCACUUACCGCCAGGUGAUAGCGUUGGCGGACGCGGCGGAGGAGAACCGGGCGUGUCUGGACCAGGCGUUUGCCCGGCUGCGUAGUGCCACCCACCUCCUCAUCCUCCUGGUUACCCUGUGGCAGGGCCUCAGCACGGACCAGAAAGCCAUCCUGGAGGCUACGCUCCUGCCCCUGCUACAGGACACACCCCAGCUGGGUUGGGAGGAGAGUGUGGACGCGGCUGUGUCUCACCUCCUGCGGACCUGUCUGUCUCGCAGCCCUAAAGACCAGGCCCUGUCCCUGUCCACGGCCCAGCUCAGCAUGCCCAAGGACACGGCCCGUCUGAAGAAGCACAUCACCCUGCUGUGUGACCGCCUGGGCAAGGGAGGACGGCUGUCGCUGGCCUCUGAGGCCAACGCCCCCACCCCCGUCAUGAUGCCAGGUCAGCCACACGGAGUUGGGGGCUGUGAGCCAAUCGCUGAGGCUGUUGCAGACCUGGAUGAGCCGCCCAUACAGGAGUCUGCUGCCAAGUUCAUCAAGAAGAAACAGCCGUCCAAGAAGGUCAAGACCAAGACAGAUAAAGAAACUAAAGUGAAGAAAGAGUCUGCAGAUGAGGCUGUCCAGGAGUUGGAGGAAAUGACGGAACAGCCUGUUACAGAAGUGAAGAAGGAAAAGAAGAAGGAGUCUACCAAGGAACCUGGGAAAGAGUCAAAGAAGGAGUCCUCCAAGGAAAAGAAAGAGUCUUCCAAGGAGAAGAAGGAGUCCAGCAAGGAAUCAGGAAAGGAGUCAAAAAAGGAGUCAAGCAAGGAAUCUGGAAAGGAGCCAAAGAAGGAGUCUUCUAAGGAGUCAAGCAAAGAGACCUUGAAAGAGCCCGGGAAGGAAAAUGUGUUGAGAAGGUCAUCUGUGAAGGUCAAGGAGAAAAAGAAGGAGCCAGAGGCUGCAGCUGGCGAGGGAUGAUGUCAAGCAGUCAACACAAACACAGGGUCCUUUACACACUCAUACACAUCUCUCAAGGCUGAUGCUGUUUCAUAGAAUAGACCUUUGGUUUGUGUCGGUUGGGUGACGCUGUUGAAAGCUCCAGUAGAGCAGCCAACGAGGGGGCCAUGUUCCAUCUGCCUGUCCCCUUGGGUUAAACAAGGCCACUCUGGUCCCAUCAGGACUUCCCUCCAUGAGACAGGAAUCCCAUCACCAGCAGAGACCAGGGCAGGGGAACGGAGGGGAAAGGCAGCCCACAUCAUCCUUCAGGAGGACCAGGAGGAACAUCAUGUCACACACCUGACUCUAGACACACACCUGAC